AUUUGAAGGCACUUCUUGAGCCUGCAGGCCUGGCAUUGAUUCCGAUGCGCCUUGUCGACGAUGCAGCGUCCCGUGCCCGCCUGGCAGCUGCAAUCAAAAUAUAAUAACGAGAUUUCUUGUGUCAAAAAUUGCAACAUUUGUCAAAUCCGACCGGAACAGAACACAAAGGAGCAGACUAACACUAACGUCAACGGACCGGAAUGCCAGCCGCCAAUAGACGGAGGACAAAAGCACUUCAGAGUCUGUGCUUUAGUUCGUCAGCAGGCAGCAAAAGGAUCCAUCCACUACCCACAAUCCGCAACCUUCUCUUCCAUCGACCUUUCGGUCUUUGUUCGCCGCCUCUCCUACUGGUCCUCUGCCCUUUGCACUUGUGGAACAUAAUCAAAUCAAGCCCGAGAGGCCAUGUGCUGUGCCCGUUAGCCACUAUGUAUGACUCCGUGCCGCAGAGCACCACCCAACCAUCCAUCCAUCCAACCAUCCAACCAGUCGCCAGUCGGACCACUUUAGCUUAGUGUCUAGUCAUCACUGCCUCUCCUCGCACUCUAAGCCCGUGCCAAAACUCAAAGAUGGACAAUUUCCUACCGAAUUCCAACUUUUAUCCCAUUUUAUGUGUAUUUUGGCGCCUCUGCUAAUAUCAGCUAACUCACAAAGCACUUAAGUAAAUGUAUCCAGGAAAUA